AUGGCAGAAGAUCAAGUCUCCUUAAUGAGAGAUAGUCAGUAUGAUAUAGAACUAAGGAGAAAAGGUUCCUUUGACGAAUCCCUCACGGAACAUUCCUACAGAUUCGGCACCAAGUUUUACGACACAAUUACAUAUAGUGAAAGUUUGGACUUUGACAUCUCUUUGUCGGCUCCGGAUCUGCACGAACUUUACCGAUAUCAUGUAUUUUUUUCCCACUGUAACGAAGAUAAGUCAUGGGUGUGCAGUAUUAUGAACAAACUUGAGUCAGAACCAUAUAAUUACAAGUGCUCUUAUGGAGAUUUUCAAAAUGCAAACAAACUAAGCUUCUUUCAAAGUGCUUUAUGUUCCGCUAUGCUCAGUGAACGAGUAGUUGUUGUAUUAACACCAAAUUAUGUAAAAACCGCUUGGAAAGAGUUCAGAGAAAUUUUACAAAACUUGACAGAAAAAAGUCUAUAUCGACAAAGAAUGUUGGUAGUUUUAUUAAAAGAUUGUAUGAUUCCAGAACCGUUGCAACAACUGGGUUUUUUAGAUGCCAGAGAAAGUGAUUUCUUUCCUUGUUUUGUCAGAUAUGUAGGCAGUGAUCGUCUUCCCCGUAGCAGUGAUUCGUUUGCAAGUGAAAUGACAUGCAUUUUGUAUUCGCCUUCAAAUUAUGUGAAUGGUCAAAUAUUGACAACUGUAGGACUGCAUAUUCGUGGUCACUGGAAAGGAAAAAUUAUCUGUAACGAAGAGGACAAUAUACCGACGCCACUGUGUUGUCAUGGCGUCAAUGUAAGAUAUGGUGAAUACAUGGAAGUGAUACAGACAUUAUGUCAAGUCAUAGACAGAGAUCUGUUAUUUGAAUUCAUGUUUUCACUGAAACCAAUCAUAAUCCUUGUGUUUGCAGGUGUCAUUUGGUUGGUACUGUUUUUAUUCGUUAUGGUGUAUAUUCGGGAUGAACCGCGACAGAGUGCCUUAGGAAUCAGAUUGAUAGUUUUUACCAUCCCAUUGUUGUUUGUUUUGUACGGUUAUGGUCUCAGAUGGAAACGCCAGCUAUUGCAUAAAAAGAUAUGUCGUCGAAUGAUGAGAUGCUGUAUAGAUCUGAAUGGGAAGUUUUAUCGAGCUGAAAAACCAGUUUUACUGACCAUUGUAGUUUGUAAAGAUGGAUCUUUUAAUAUACAGUUUGUUUAUUAUUGUAUUGAUGAUUGUACGAUUGAUCUUGAAUUACUCUUAAACACAUACAACGAAGAGGAUGCUGAGAAAUUUAACUCACUUAUUGAAUUAUAUACGAAAUGUGGAGACUUUUUAUCUGAAAAAACAUUGGGAGAACAAUUACUGGUCAUGAUUGCUGCUGCAUUUUUACACUGUAUGAUAUUGAAACAGUUACCAAGUUCAACACAAGAACGACAUACAAAUCAAAACAUGUGCCUUUGUCAGUUUGUUGAAAUGGUGAUGGCAGAGUAUUUCCAGUGUCUUUCAAAGUUUACUAAAGUUCCAGAUCUCCAAGACGUUUUACAAAAAAGACUUUUUCUUAGUGUAGAAAAGAAGAAACUCAAAGAAAGAAAACAAUCACUUGCAAUCAAAGAAGAAUUCAGCUUUGUUUCUAUUUGACACAUGUAUACACUUUUAUAUUUUUACUAAAAUCAAAAUUAUAUGACAACUAAUAUCAAAAGCAUUCAUUAUUGUUUGUUUUAUGUUAAGUCAUUUCGAUAUUUGUCUUCCGAGUGUAACCUUUUUGUUCAACCCUUGAAAAUCAAUGUUACAUUUAAAAAAAUCAUUGCAAUUUUA